AUGUCAAUCAACUGGGUUAUGACAUCGCCCAACGAGGCUGGCUUUGUCAAAUUACCAAACGAACGAGUUCUCUAUACAUCACCACCGCGAACAAGCUUACAGCUCUCCACCCCGAAUGAGUUUCCUGGAGCACAGCCUUUCUCAGUGAAGAGUGAUACAGGGAUUGUAUACCUCACAAAUCAGCGGAUAGUCUACCUUCCAUCAGCUCCUACUUCCGAACUCCAAUCUUUCUCUUCCCCUAUCCUCAACCUCCAAGACACUUAUGUGAGAGCGCCCUUCUUCGGCGCGAACUACUGGAUUGCCUUGUGUAAGCCAGUUGCCGGCGGCAACAUCCCACCAACGCACUCUGCAAUCGAACUACGCUUUACAUUUCGAGAGGGCGGAGCUUUCGACUUCCAUACAAUCUUCGAGCAAAUUAAAGAACGUUUGUACCAGGCAUACACUGUUGCUCGGGAAACAUCACAAAGAGACGCCGCUGGCAAUAUCGACCUAGCCAAUGUUCAUUUGGAGCAACUACCGGCGUAUGAGGCAGCCAGGGAAGUGGUGGAGGACGAUGGACCUACUAUCUUAAGCCCGAUCCCAACACGUCCGGUAAGGGACAGUGGUGUGGAUGGUGUGAGAAGUCCUAUCACAAGCUCGGCACCAAAGCCGGAACCGUCCGGAGCACCAGCACCAGACGAACCCCCACCAGAUUACGAAGAAGCCCAGGCUCAAGCAGUUGGUAUUGAUUUGGACCAGAGACUGAGGCAAAACGCGGAGCGAUAG